ACGCGCGCUUGCAAAUUCGGUAGCAUAUGAGUAUAAAUAAGCCAAAGCUAGCAAUCUAGCUUCAGUAUACUAGUUACUCGCCAUCCAAUAUGCAGUUCAUUACAUUAGUUUGUAUUUUAGGUGCAACUGUAAAUCUGGCACUAUCCAAUGAGCUCCAAAAGCGAGAUGCAGCUCGCCUUCUCCUGGAGAAGAAACUAAACACCAUGGAUGAAAAUAAAAGUCUACUUGUCGGAGUAACUAAUAAUGAAGACGAAACUGACGCGAAAAGAGCGAAAAAAUCGGCUACAACCACGUUGUGCGUGGAAAUAAGGCCUAGUGACGUUAACGAGAAGCCAUAUCAGGUAUGCGAAUCUGCUAAACCCGGGUACGAAGAGACUGUGCCAGUUGGAGGGUACCAACAGGCAGCACCAGCUCCUUAUAUUUCUCCUGCAACGAAAACCGCUCCUCCAUCUGCGGUCUCAUAUGCUACAGCCAAAACCUAUCCAGCUUCAGCUCCGGCUACAAAACCAUAUGCCGCAGCUCACGGCGGACCCGCGUAUUCCUCAUACAGAGAAGCCGAAGAAGAUGACGAUAUUGAUUUCGACGAAAUGAAUAUGAGAAUGAGCGAAACCGAAACUCUACAAGCUCUGAAUGAUGGUAUUGAUCCACCCAUGAUGAGAAAAGCUACUGCUCGUGGUGGUGGUUAUGGAAGCUAUGGUGCUCCCAGCUAUGGUGCCCCGCAUUAUGGAGCUGCUUCACAUGGGUAUCCAAUCCCAUACGUUCCAGUCGAACCAAAGAAACUUCAACAUAGCGGAGUGGUGAUAACGUGUCAACCGAAUUUAGCUGGAUAUGCUCAUGGUGCAGCAGCGGGAGGAUAUGGAGGCUCAUCCGGAUAUGGUUCCUACAGGGCUUCUAAUGGCCAAAGAAAACCUUAUUCUUAUGGUUCGUACUCACAGCCGCCUACUUACAAGGCACCAACCAGUUAUGGUCCAGUUGGUCCAGCUGGGUCCUAUAAGGCACCCGCAUACAGUGCACCUGCUUAUAAAGCCCCAAGCUAUAGCGCUCCAGCUCCUAUUUACAGCGCUCCCAGCUACAGCGCCCCGGCUCCAAGCUACAGCCCUCCAGCUCCAAGUUACAGUGCUCCAAGCUACAGCGCUCCAGCGCCAAGCUAUAGCGCUCCAGCUCCAAGCUACAGCGCCCCAGAUCACAGCUAUAGUGCUCCCAGCUAUAGCGCUCCAGCUCCAAGCUACAGCGCUCCAGCUCCAAGCUACAGCGCUCCAGCUCCAAGCUACAGCGCUCCAGCUCCUAGCUACAGCGCUCCAACUCCAAGCUACAGCGCUCCAGCUCCCAGCUAUAGCGAACCAGCUCCAAGCUAUAGUGCUCCCAGCUAUAGCGCUCCAGCUCCUAGCUACAGCGCUCCAGCUCCAAGUUACAGCGCCCCAGCUCACAGCUACAGUGCUCCAGCGCCAAGCUACAGCAAACCAGCUGCAAGCUACAACUCCCCCCCAACCUCAAGUUAUGAACCAGAGCAUUAUCCAGCUGCUCCCAGUUAUAAGCCCCCUGCAACAUAUUCCGUACCUCACUUGAAUUUAUACAGGAAUGCCGAAGAAGAAACAAUGAGAGCUGCAGGUGCGUCGGUAAAUAAAAAAGUCGAAAUGACCAAGAAAAUGGAAGUAGCUCCCAAAGAUGAUGUUGCCAAUACUGAAGUCGGUAAAAACGAAUCAAAAGUAAUGGCUGAUCCACAAGUGAAUUCUUCGCCCAAGAGUACCACUGCUAAACAAAGUAAUCUUGCGAAGAAUGUAGAUGUUGAAGAUGAAACGGUUGGCUCGGCUCUACCUCAAGCAGAUAUGAAAAUGGCGGGAUGGGCUGCCCAGUUGCGAGAAGCCCAAGCGGAACAAAAAUGGAAUCCAGAAGCCAGAGAUGCCGAAGAUGGCAAAUGGAAGGAUGAGAUGAGAAGUUCAGAAAACCAUGUGAUGGAAACCGACGACGCCUGAAGUGAUACAUGCCAUAGAUUGUAGAUAUUUUUUGUACUUUUAUAUUACUUGAAUUUAAUAAAAUAUAUAAAACA